UACGCGCCGCCCACGUCGAUGCGGGUCAGCUCUAGCACCUGUCGUCAGUGAGAUACGCAGUACACGGGACACGCAUACAUACGGACACCCAACCCGCUCCAGAGUCCGUCGCAUGCUGCCAGCGCGACGCUCUACUGCGAGAAUCUCACAACAGGCCACCCCGCGGAGUGCAGAGGAACCAGCGACGUCGCGCGUACCGAACCGGAGAGCGCGGCGCGGGUACCGUAGGCCACGCGUUCACGAACGGUGGACGUACAGCAGCCCAUGGACAAACCACGUCAACACGCGCCAAGUCAGGACUCAGGAUGAGGACGCGACGUACGUACCGGGGACACAAGCAGGGCGGACGGGUUGGACGACACGAGGCGUGGAGGGCGAGAACGAGAGCUGGUGGACGCGUCAGGCAACCGACGCAUCGGGAUCAACUUGCCGUGCUACGACGUGCACAGAGGGACCUGGGAAGAGAAGUCAGCGACAACAGGACCAGUGGGAGGAAGAAUAUGACCGAAGCCGGGAGGCUGGGGGCGCGGAAGACGAGGAUGAGAGGCAAGAGCGAGGAGGGCAGUAGCGAGCAGAGG